AAGUAGGAAACUGGUUGAAGGCUUUCUAAACAACCGAGGCUUUGGAGUGUAGGGGAGAAGCUUCGAUCUAAAAAAAGCGAAGCAGCCUUCUUCUGUUUGUCCUCCGCAAUGCUGAAGUGGAGUAGAAGAAGGGCUCUGCAAUUCUUCUACUUCGCUAUCUUCUCGGUCUUCGUUCUCUUCUCUCUUCUCAAUGAUCAGACCGACAGCAGAAUCCAUGGGGGAAUGCAGGACGAAGAUUCCGCCACACGCCCUUCAUUUCCCACCUAUCUGACCACCAACUCAUCCAACUACAAAUCAACGAGGGUUUUAGGUGAUUCGGAUUGGGCUAAGGCAUGCGUUUCUUCUCGCAGUUAUAAGAGAAGGCUAAGCUCCUCCACGAGAAAUCAGCAGCGAAGGGAGAACAGUCAGAGAAAAUGUGAUAUUUUCACUGGGAGAUGGGUUUAUGACAAUGUAUCCUAUCCACUGUACGAUGAGGGUGGUUGUCCAUAUAUGUCGGAUCAAUUAGCUUGCACUAAACACGGCCGGCCAGAUGUGGAGUACCAGAGAAUGCGAUGGCAGCCCCAUGGUUGCAACUUGAAGAGAUGGAAUGGGAGAGAGAUGCUGGAGAAGCUGAGAAAUAAGCGGCUGAUGUUCGUGGGUGAUUCCUUAAACAGGGGUCAGUGGAUCUCCAUGGUGUGCCUUUUGCAAUCUAUGGUUCCAACUGGCCAGAAAUCUAUGUCUCCCAAUGCUCAUUUAACCAUUUUUACUGCUGAGGAAUAUAAUGCUACAGUUGAGUUUUACUGGGCACCACUUAUUGUAGAAUCAAAUUCGGAUGAUCCCGUAAAUCAUAGAUUAGAUGACCGAAUAAUACGGCCUAAUGCAAUUUACAAGCAUGCUUCUCAGUGGAAAAAUGCUGAUAUAUUGGUCUUCAACUCAUACUUGUGGUGGAGAAGUGGCCCGAAGAUCAAAUUAUUAUGGAAUGCUGAUGAUGAAAUGUGUGAAGAGGCAGAUGGGUUAGAUGCUAUGACAUUGGCCUUGGAGACAUGGGCUGAUUGGGUUUCUUCCAGCGUCAAUCCAUUGAAGCAGCGAGUAUUCUUUGUUACCAUGUCUCCUACACACCUUUGGAGCAGAGAAUGGAACCCAGGAAGUGAAGGGAAUUGCUUCAAUGAGAAGACUCCCAUUAACAGCGAUAGCUAUUGGGGAAGUGGCUCUGAUCUCAGCACAAUGAAAAUGGUGGAGAACAUUUUAGGCAAGCUGGAUUACAAAGUCACGGUCAUCAACAUUACCCAGCUAUCAGAGUAUCGGAAGGACGGCCAUCCUUCCAUUUACCGGAAGUUUUGGGAAACCUUCUCGCCAAAGCAGUUGGAAAAUCCAGCAUCUUAUUCUGAUUGCAUACAUUGGUGCUUGCCAGGAGUUCCAGAUGUUUGGAAUGAGUUACUCUUCAACUUUUUGUAGGGAAUGUAAAUAUAUUUCCGUCCGAUGGCAUUUUACUAUCCUCUUUAUGAAAAAAACCAAGUAUUUAUAUGAAGCUGCUUGUUGUGUUUCAUGCUGAAGCUGGCUUCUGUAUGAGUUUUCUGAAAGGUAAGGCUGAUUUCUGUAUAGGAUUUUCUCGUCAGGUUGUUAAUCAGAACUGGGUCGGAUUUUUAGUAUGUAAGUUUAAUGUUUUUCAAGUAAGCUUGCAUAAUGUCCAA